AUGGAAAUUCAAAUCGAACUCGACGAAAGGAAGCCGUUCUAUACAAACGAAGACCGGGUUAUCGGCCAUGUCAUCCUCCGCAAUGAUACCGAGGUUGACAUCGCCACUAUAACAAUUAGUCUAUCCGGGCAGGCAAUAUCCAGGCUUGACUCGGGAAAAUUGACGGAAUCACACAAGCUCUUCCAACGAAAUGAGCAAAUAUUCCCGCCCAGCAAUUGCGUCGGUUGGUUGACAUCGGCGUCCGUUACAAUUCCCCCGGGAGAACACUCGUUUCCAUUUUGUAUCAUGUUUCCUCAGGUCUCAGAAUGCUACAAGGAUAGCACUAGAGAUGCCGCUCGCAAGCGGUCGGCAACCCUGGGAAUUUAUACACUCCCGAGGAGAUCAGAUAUUCUCUGGAUGCUACCAUCACAUGGAAUGGGCUCCUAUACAGAAGUCACGAAUCCGUUGAGUCUCCCUUCUCGGGUAGCUAUGGCCUGUACUAACAGUAUCAAACAGACCCGCACCAUAUCCUUUCAUCCGGUGUCUGCCAUCCCUAAGCCAUUACAGAGUGUAUCAGUCCGGAAAAUUGUGACUUGCAGUACGAAGGCAGCGGAGCUAUUACGUCCUCCACUAACUUACGAGGUCGAAGUCGAACUGGUGAAUGGUCCGUUUGUUUUGCUUGGACACCCAAUUGCGCUGGGUGUAAAAGUUAUCAACGUAAAUGACGAGAAACUCGACAUAUCACUACGCGACUUUCAGUCAAUGCUUAUCGAAACAACAGAUAUCCGAGCACAUGGUAUUAUACAGCGCGUUACUCGGUCAUGGAUUAUACAGACCAUGACAAACUUAAGUCAACCGUUUGUGACUGGCGGAGGGCCGACUGCCGGCUUCGUAAUGAGCCUGGACGAGGGGGUAUGGAGUAGACAUUCUGUACCACAUUGUCUGACCCCUACUUUUGAAACGUGCAAUGUGACCCGGAGCUUCAAGCUGGAGAUCAGGCUCGGCAUUGAAUUUGGUCGCUACAAUUCAAGGAUAUUGGAGUUUCUCUUCCCAGUCUGGCACGAAUUUCUUUUAUUAAGUCUAGGGAGUUAUAAUGAAUACCAGGCUGAGGUGCAUCUAGCCACCGUUUCUGAGAUUAUUGAAUCUCACUAA